AUGGUUCAGAAUGGUCCUUCCUGGUUUAUAUGCCCAAUAUACUCAAUGGGUGGUCUAGGACGGGCUCGCGGAGCUUCCUCCUUUUGCAUCACUGCCACCGGCCAUCGAAAGAGGUGCUGUGAUGAACUGCCGUUAAUUGCCGCACCACUGAAAAUUCGUUCUUUGCUUCUGAUCGAAGUGAUGGAAAAGUGUGUUUUUUGUGGUUGGCAUCGCCGUACCAGCGGUCCAGCGUUGAGAUUUUACGGAAUUCCACGUGAGCCAGGUUUAAAACGUGUAAGAUGGUUGUGUGCUAUUGGUGAUCGAGAAUUAUCACCCAAAGAUAAGGUAUGUAGUGUACAUUUUCGACAAGGUCGACCAUCCAACGAUCCAUCACAUGAAGAUUUUGCUCCUCAUUUAUUCUUACAACGUUCAAUAUCACAGCCCACUGCUAAGACGUUAACAUACCUUGAAAGUCUUGCUAAUGAUGAUGAUUUUGAUGAAAUGCCUUCUGUAUCACGACCGGAACGCUCUGAACGUUUGCAUGCAUGUAAGCCAUCAAUUUUACGAAAACGGCGAAAGCUCGUAUCUUCUUCAAGUGAACCUAAGAAAACCGAUCAGAAUACGAUCGGAAAUGCGCAAAAUUGUUCGUCGGAAAAAAAUUUGUUAACAGAAAUCCAAGAAGUGGAAAAAAGGACAUCAAAAGACGAUACGCCAAAUGUUGUGAUGUUCACGAAUCCUAUGACUGGUAUGAAAAAACGCAUGAAAUUACAACAUUUACCUCGAUCGUUUGUUGAAGCAGUGGGUAUUAAGCCAGGUCAAACUGUAAUUAUCAAACGUCGGAUACGAGUGGCUAAAUCAGCGCGAAAUCAGGCAGAAGAAUCUGACACUAUGGAAAAUGUACUGGAAAAAGAAGAAAACCUUUUGGAAAAUACAGCAAAUAUAUGUUGA